AUGCGCCCAUACGUGCUACUUGCCGCCGCGCUGGCCGCAGCGCGGGAUGUCUCCGCGCAAAACACGUUCGACUGGUCUAAACUUGAGCCAAGCACGAGCCUCGACUGGGCUCCAUGCAACUCUGGCUUCCAAUGUGCCCGUCUUUCCGUGCCAUUUGACUACGCGGCGCCGUCCGCGGGGAGCGCCGCCAUCGCGGUCAUCCGCUUCCCCGCCAAAGUCGCCCCUUCCGACCCCGCAUAUCUUGGGCCCGUUCUAUUCAACCCAGGCGGCCCGGGAGGGAGCGGCGUGCAAACCUUAGUCGGCGUCGCGCCGUUGUUCGCCAACGCUAUUGGCGAAAACUUCGACUGGGUCAGUUUUGACCCGCGAGGCGUUGGGUUCACUACUCCUACCGUCUCCAUCUUUGGCUCGGCAACGGAAACCGCGCUGUGGAACGCCGGGGCAUGGCCCGUAUCGCUCAACGCGUCUUCAGACUCGACGGCACUAACGCGGAUCUGGGGGCUCGCUCAGAUCGAGGGCCAGGUCGCUGCCCAGCGGGACUCGACCGGAAUCUUGAAAUACCUCACAACCGACAAUGUUGCGCGAGACAUGCUGUCGAUAACGCAGAAGAUGGGCUUCGACAAGCUCAAGUAUUAUGGCAUUUCAUAUGGGAGUGUUCUUGGUGCUACCUUUGCAGCGUUGUUUCCGGAUAAGAUUGACCGUAUGGUCAUCGAUGGUGUUGUUGAUGUCGAUGCCUGGUUCCAAGCGAACCUGACUAUUCUGUCUACCUCCACAGACGCCGCUUUCAAUGCAUUUUCCGCCGGCUGUGCAGCUGCUGGUCCAUCCGGGUGUGCAUUCGCCCGCUCUUCCAGCACAGCAGAGCAAAUUUCUGACCGCAUAACUGCGCUCACCAAUGCUAUCCGCAAACAGCCUGUUCCUGUCGUCACAUCCAUGGGCUACCUCCUCAUCGACUACUCCCUCCUCCGCAGCAUUAUCUUCGAGGCCCUUUACUCGCCAUACGACUCGUUCCCGUUAUUAGCGGACGCACUCGCCGAUCUGGAGAAGGGAAACGGCACCACACUUUACACAUUGGUCGCGCAGCCGCUUUACCAGUGUGGCGACAACACCAGCGUGGCCGACUCGGAGGCGGAUGUGGAAUUUGCAGUGUCCUGUGGCGAUGCUGUGGAGGUGAACGACACUCUGGAUGAAUUGGAGGCCUUCUACGCGACCGCGGCGCGGGUGUCCCAGUUCUCCGAGUUUUUGAUAGGGAGGACGCGGGUCGUGUGUAGUGGCUGGAAGGUCUAUCGGGAAGACCGCUUCAAGGGGCCGGCCAAAGCUGCGAAUACAAGUUGGCCGAUUCUGUUCAUCGCGAAUACAGCUGACCCGGUGACUCCCAAGGCAGGGGCGCUGAACACACUGGCGAACUUCCCCGGGUCCGUGCUGCUCACGCAAGACUCCCCUGGGCACACUUCGCUAGCCGCGACCUCCUUCUGCACGCUCGGCUAUCUCGCCGGCUACUUGGCCAACGGCUCCCUCCCCCAGCCCGGCACGACCUGUGCGGUAAACGAAACGCUGUUUGCGGACAACUCGAAUACUACCUCUGGAAUUGCAACCAAGUUGGGCAGGAGAGCAUCGGACUCAGAAACGGAGGAUGUCAGACAAUCGAUGAAGAGUGCCAGGCAGCGCUUACGUCGUGUGUUAGGACGCACGAAAUUCUAG